CAAAUCGUUUAAAAACCAAAAAAAAAAACAUAUUUAAAAAACAAAAAAAAAUAAAAAUGGAGGCAUCAAAGAAGCUUUUUUCAUUGUUUCUCAUUUGCAUUUUUGUGGUUUCUUCAUGUGUGGACAUCUCCAUGGCUACCAAAGAAGUAAAUGAUGAAAGAUUCAGAAAGACAUAUGAAAAUAUGGCUGAUGAUUAUGGAAAAUGUUGCACUAAAUGUGUAGCUUUAUGUACUUCUAGUGGCAAGGAAAAAUCUGCUUGUGAAACUCGUUGUGGAGGUGAAUGUGUCGCUAAGAUUUUUCGAGUUUUUGCAGAAGAUAUUGAAAAAAUGAAAAGUUUAAGUUGAAGCCCUCAAGAUGGACCAAAGGAUGCAAAAUAUUUCUUAAGAGAGAGAAGAAUAAAGCAAUGUUUUUUCAUCCGUGACAUUGUACUUUGUAAUUGUUCAGAUUCAAUAAUAAAUUCUUUUAAUUUCUAGUUUUUA